AUGCUGCUCCUGCUGUUUCUGUUGCUGAGCAAAUUGGCCAACAGUGACGGUGAAGGGACAAACAAUUCCUUGGUUCUGAAGAGGACUCAGCAGGACCUUCAAAACUAUAGACUAUCCAGAGGACCCUGUGAUGAAAACUGGUUUUAUUUUCCUCCCUUAAACUCCUGUUACCGGUUUUUCAGUGACAAAAAGACAUGGAUGGCAGCUGAGGAGUUCUGUAAUCAGCUCCCACAUUCUGGACAUCUGGCGUCCGUGAUGUCAAGUAUCCAUGACAACUUCAUUUCUGACGUGGUCGGUGCUGUAGAUGAAAGCAAGCCAUGGGCAUGGAUUGGCCUGAGUGACAGAUCACAGAAAUAAUCACUGAUUUAUAUCCCACGGGAAGGCACUUUCACAUGGAGUGAUGGAACUUUGUACAGCUACCGAAACUGGGGUCAGAAUGAACCUAAUGAUGGUGGAAAUGUUGAAGACUGUGGGCUCGUUCAUUAUUUAAGUAAGUGUGAGAAACGUUGGAAUGAUUUGUUCUGUGAAGACAAUGAAAGUUUUGUUUGUGCCUACAAACUUCACUGUAUUUAG